AGAGUCGAGAUGCCGGCCCACUUGCUGCAGGAGGAGAUGUCGAGCUCCUAUACCACCACCACCACCAUCACGGCGCCUGCCCCCAGGAUCCUGCAGAAUGGGGGAGGCAAGUUGGAGAAGACGCUGCACCACUGGGAUGAAGACAUCCGCCCUGAGUUAAAAGAUGAUAUUUAUGACCCGAGCUACAAGGAUGAGGGGCCGAGACCCAAGACUGUGUAUGUCUGGAGAAACAUCAUUCUUAUGGCUUUGCUUCAUUUGGGAGCCUUGUAUGGAAUCACGCUGAUUCCCUCCUGCAGGUUCUACACCUGCCUCUGGGCAUUUUGCUACUAUGUGAUAAGUGCCUUGGGCAUAACAGCAGGAGCUCAUCGCCUGUGGAGUCAUCGAUCUUACAAAGCUAGGCUUCCCCUGCGGUUCUUCUUAAUCAUUGCUAACACUAUGGCGUUCCAGAAUGAUGUUUUUGAAUGGGCCCGUGACCACCGUGUCCAUCACAAGUUUUCCGAAACUGAUGCUGACCCUCACAAUUCUCAACGUGGCUUUUUCUUCUCUCAUGUGGGUUGGCUGCUUGUGCGCAAACACCCAGCUGUCAAAGAGAAGGGCGCUCUGCUGGACUUGUCUGACCUAAAAGCUGAGAAGCUGGUGAUGUUCCAGAGGAAGUACUACAAACCUGCCAUCCUGUUGAUAUGCUUCAUCCUGCCCACCCUUGUCCCAUGGUAUUUCUGGGGUGAAACUUUUGAAAACAGCUUAUUUGUUGCCACUUUCCUGCGUUACGCUGUCGUCCUCAAUGCCACCUGGUUGGUCAACAGUGCUGCCCACCUCUAUGGCUUUCGCCCUUAUGACAAGACCAUUGGCCCCCGAGAGAAUGUUCUGGUUUCGCUGGGAGCCGUGGGUGAGGGCUUCCACAACUACCACCACACCUUUCCCUAUGACUAUUCCGCCAGUGAGUACCGUUGGCACAUCAACUUCACCACCUUCUUCAUCGAUUGUAUGGCUGCCCUGGGUCUGGCUUAUGACCGGAAGAAAGUGUCCAAGUCUGUCGUUACGGCCAGGGCUAAGAGAACUGGAGAUGGAAACUACAAGACUGGUUGA